GAUGCCGGCGGGCUGGGCAGGCAGUUCGACGGGAUCGGGGCUGUCAGCGGCGGUGGGGCCACAUCUAGACUCCUGGUGAACUACCAAGAACCUUAUCGCUCCCAGAUUUUAGAUUAUCUGUUCAAGCCAAAUUUUGGUGCUUCUUUACAUAUCCUCAAAGUAGAGAUUGGAGGGGAUGGACAAUCAACAGAUGGUACUGAACCCUCCCAUAUGCACUAUGAAAAUGAUGAGAACUACUUCCGGGGCUAUGAAUGGUGGCUGAUGAAAGAAGCUAAAAAGAGGAACCCCAAAAUUAAACUAAUUGGAUUACCUUGGACAUUUCCGGCAUGGAUAGGGAAGGGUGAAAACUGGCCCUAUGACUAUCCAGAUGUCACUGCUUACUAUAUUGUUUCUUGGGUAUUAGGAGCUAAACAGUAUCAUGAUUUGGACAUUGAUUAUAUUGGGAUAUGGAAUGAAAGGGCAUUUAGUAGCAAAUAUAUUAAGCUGUUGAGAUACGCAUUGGAUAAGCAUGGUCUGCAGCAGGUGAGGAUCAUAGCCAGCGAUAGACUGUGGGAGCCCAUUUCCUUUGUCUUGCUGCUUGACUCUGAGCUCCAUGGAGUGGUCGAUGUGAUUGGGGCUCACUAUCCUGGAACAAAAACAGUGCCAAAUGCCUUACUGACUAAGAAGAAACUGUGGUCUUCAGAAGAUUACAGUACUUUCAAUGACGAAGUAGGUGCAGGCUGCUGGGCUCGGAUCCUGAACCAAAACUACGUGAAUGGAAACAUGACCUCAACCAUUGCAUGGAACUUGGUGGCUAGCUAUUAUGAAGAGUUGCCCUUUGGUCGAUGUGGAUUAAUGACAGCGCAACAGCCGUGGAGUGGCCACUACAAAGUAGAAGCUCCUAUCUGGAUUACAGCACACACAACGCAAUUUACUCAGCCAGGCUGGUCAUACUUGCAAGUGGAUGGACACUUAAACGGAGGUGGCAGUUUUGUAGCUCUGACAGAUGGCCUAGGAAACCUUACCAUCAUAAUUGAAACUAUGACUCAUAAUCAUUCUCAGUGUAUCAGGCCUCCACUGCCUCAUUUCAGUGUUACACCUCAGAGAGCAACUUUCUACCUCAAAGGGUCAUUUUGUAUGGUGGAAACCCUGCAAGUGUGGCAUUCUAGACUUGGUUUUGAAUCUGGAAACUCUAGUCUUUUCCAGCAGCUCCAUCCUGUGUGGAAGGGAAGUUUUUCUUUAGAUCUAAAUGUGGAUGAAGUCUACACUUUAACCACACUCAAGACAGGGCAGAAAUGUGGUUGCCCAGAGCCUCCACCACCUCAGCCCUUUCCUUCAAAUUACAAAGAUGAUUUCAAUAUUCGUAAUCCACCUUUCAGUGAAGCCCCAAAUUUUGCGGAUCAGACAGGUGUAUUUGAAUACUUCAUAAAUGCUUCUGACCCAGGAGAACAUGUGUUCACACUCCGCCAGGUGGUGGUUCAGCGACCCAUCACUUGGGCUUCUGAUGCCGACCAGACCAUCAGUCUCAUAGGAAAUUUUCAGUGGGUAAACAUGACAGUCACUUGUGACAUCUACAUAGAAAAAAAACGUGAUGGGGGCGUGUUUAUUGCGGGAAGAGUUGACAAUGGUGGGAUAUAUGUUCGACGUACCAAAGGAGUUUUCUUCUGGGUUUUUGCAGAUGGCACCUACAGAGUCACUGGUGACCUAGCCGGAGAAGAAGUAUUAAUGAAAGGACUUUCUGGUGUCCGGGAUAAUGCAUGGCACACACUUACACUCACCAUUCAGGGCACUUCUGCCUCAGGACUACUAAAUGGUUAUCCACUCUGGGAGAAUGUCACCAUUUCUAAACCAAGUAAUGGCUGGGCUGCUCUUGGAACUCGCUCGUUUGAGUUUGCACAGUUUGACAACUUCCAUGUUGAAGCUAGCUGAGGUGGCUUUUGCAUUUGGAGAACCCAGUUCUCAUUACUUUGAAUAAGAGCCAGUUCAAACUUUGAGGACAACUUAAUGCUAUGCUGAGAUUGAUCUGUUGGCAAGGAAUCUAAAUUCUGUCCUUAUUUGUUAAAGGUUUACUUGAGUAGGUAUUGACAUGACUGUAACUUUAUCCCCUG